CGCGCUUCUCUCUGUUAUCCGGCCCGCCUCUCCGACUGUGUGGCACUGUCGCGAACGGAGCAGUCGUGCAGGCUCCGCCAUGAUGAGCGGUGGAGGGAUCGGGGUGCCGCUAGGCUUCUCCUUGGUGCCCACGUCUGUCAUCCAGAUCACGAACCUCUCCUCGGCUGUGACCAGUGAGCAGAUGCGGACUCUCUUCAGCUUCCUGGGAGAUAUCGAGGAGCUGCGCCUCUAUCCCCCGGACAACACACCUCUUACUUUUUCCUCCAAAGUAUGUUAUAUUAAGUUUCGUGAAGCAUCAAGUGUUGGUGUGGCCCAGCAUCUAACUAACACGGUUUUUAUUGACAGAGCUUUGAUAGUUGUGCCCUGCGCAGAAGGUAAAAUCCCAGAUGAAGCCAAAGCCCUUUCUCUAUUGGCACCUGCUCCUACUAUGACAAGUCUGAUGCCCGGUGCAGGGUUGCUUCCUAUACCUACACCAACCCCUUUAACUACACUUGGUGUUUCACUUGGCACUUUGGGGGCUAUACCAGCAGCAGCAUUUGACCCUAACAUUACAACACUGGGAGAAAUACCACAGCCACCAAUUAUGGGGAAUGUGGACCCAUCAAAGAUUGAUGAAAUUAGAAGAACAGUCUAUGUUGGAAACUUGAAUUCACAGACUACAACAGCAGAUCAGCUGCUUGAAUUUUUUAAGCAAGUUGGAGAAGUCAAAUUUGUGCGAAUGGCAGGUGAUGAGACACAACCAACACGAUUUGCUUUUGUGGAAUUUGCAGACCAAAAUUCUGUACCUCGAGCUCUUGCCUUUAAUGGAGUUAUGUUUGGAGACAGGCCACUGAAAAUAAAUCACUCCAAUAAUGCAAUAGUGAAGCCUCCUGAAAUGACACCACAAGCUGCUGCCAAGGAACUGGAAGAAGUGAUGAAGAGAGUAAGGGAAGCCCAAUCGUUCAUAUCUGCUGCUAUUGAGCCAGAGUCUGGAAAGAGGAGUGAAAGAAAAGGUGGUCGAUCUCGUUCCCAUUCUCGUUCAGAAUCCAGGUCUAGCUCAAAAUCCCAAUCUAGAAGGAAAAGAUCUCACUCAAAACACAGAAGUAGAUCUGGCAACAGAUCACUCUCAAGACAAAAGGACAGACGAAGAUCCAGAAGUCCCCUGAAAAAACGGUCUAGAUCUAGGGAAAGGUGGAGAUCAAGAAGUCGCUCUCAUUCUCGGGACAAAAAAAGAGACAAAGAAAAGGUCAAGGAAAAAGAAAAGGUCAAAGAAAAGGAGAGAGACCAAGACAAAGAGAAGGAGAGAAACUGGGACAAAGAAAAGGAAAGAGAGCGAGAUAAAGAGAGACACAGGGAUAAGGACAAGGAGAAGGACCAGGAGAAAGAACGGCAUAAAGAUCAAGAGAGAGUUAGAGACAAGGAUAGGGAUAGAGACAGGGACAAGGACAGGGAAAAGAACAAGGAGAAGGAGAGGGAAAAAGACAAAGAAGAGGUAGACCAGAACAAGGAAAAAUAUGAUGUUAUGAAAGAGGGGGAAAAGGAUAGAGAGAAGAUUAAGGACAAGGAGGGUGAGAAGGACAGAAGGGAAAAAGGGGACAAAGAAAAGGAGAAAGAUGAGAAGAAAGAGAAGAAGGAGCAAGAAAGAGAAAAAGAGAGAGAUGAUAAAAAAAAGAAAGAGAAGAGAUCCAGAACACCCCCAAGAAGCUAUAGCUCUUCAAGAAGAUCUCGUAGCUCCAGCAGAGAAAGAUGUAAAAGGAAGAGUAGAAGUCUCUCCAAGUCUCCUAAAAUGACCAAAAAAAAGUCUUCACAAACUCCUUCUCCAAGAAGAAACAAGAAAGAGAAAAAAAAAGAAAGAGAUUCAAAUAAUGAAAGAAAAGAAAGGGAACACUUCAAGAAAAAAAUCAGUAAAGUAAAAGAGGGAAAGGAGAAAUCUGACAAAAGCACCACUACUUUGAAGGACAAAGAUCACACUGAAGAGAAUGAGAAUUCAGAAACUGACAAAGAAGUAGGCAAUAGAGAUACAGAAAGGAUUGGUGAAGUCCAACUUCAACAGAAUGGGAACUAUCGAUCAAAUGACGAAAACCAUUCAAUUAAAAUGGAAGAGGUUUAAAGCAAAAAAUGGACCCCUGACUCAACUAAGGGAUGAAAUCUGAAACUUUUUAUUUCCCAGAACAAGGAAGAAAAUAUCAAUGUAAUCAACCUGAACAUGGUGAUAGUACUGGUAGCUCUUCCAAUUCUAGUAACAGUUUUGUCAAUUUCUUGCUGUAAAGCAAGAGAGCACAGACCAGUAGUUAUACCCUGAAAAGGCAGAUGACAUCAGAACUAUUCAUGUCUGAAAAUCCAUGGGUCUCCAUGAUGGCUGUACUUACUUGCAAAAUGAUGUAUGUUAAGUUUUGCCAUUUUCUGUUACAAAUAAGUAGAAACUGAAAGAUAUAAACCUGACUAUCCAAAAAAAGCUGAAUAUAUGCAUUGAAGAUUGUUUAAAGUUCUGCUUGUUCAUGAAUUUUGUAUUGACUUACUUUUCAGGUUAAAAAUCUACAAAACCUUCAAUGUGUACUGUUUGAUGUGCUUCAAAAUGGUGCAUAAAUGUACACAUUUUCUUCUGUUAUAAAUGAAAAUUAUUUUUAAACAUAAACACAGUUUUAUGGUUCUUAUGUUAAAUGCCCACUGACUAGUUUCUUUUUAAUUUGAUUACUUCUUGAGAUUUUUGGAUUUUAUUUAAAAACAAUUUCUUACUGUUAUGCUUAAAAUAAUUAUUUCUUUUAAAGUACUUGAACAAUGCAUGAUACUUUUCUGUUCCAAAAAGGAACAUGGCUAUGUUAUAGAUAAUAGGUUAGCUUACUGGGUUAUUUUGGGGUUGUUUUGGGUUUUUUUGGGUUUUUUUGUCCUUCCAGAAGUAAGCACAUUUAUAUGAUAUUAUGAUAACUUACAGCUUUGUUUUGAGUUGUACAGCAGUGUGUCUGUUCAGCUGCCAAUAGUACAGGUGCCAUUAUGAAAUUUUUUUUUUCUUACUUGUUUAAAAAACUAUAGGAGCACAAGCAGAAGCUUUAGUGCCUUCUUAAAUAAUGUGGUAUUUUCCAGAAAUGUUUGUGCUAUUACUUAUUUUCAUCUAAAUCUUACAUUAUUUCUAUUGCUAUUUGCCACCACAAUACUGUAGACAAGAAAGCAAGUGUUUUCUCAGAAGGAUUUUUUUAUUCACUUGUUAAAAUACUAAAACUCCAUUUUUAAUUUAUUUUUUUUAAUUACUAGAAGAGAUUUAUAGGUGAAAGCAAAGAUGCAUUUUGGGUACCACCACCGUACAAAAGCAGUAGCUGAAUACAAAGCAUUUUCUGAUCACCUGCAUCCAAGACAGUCCUUUAGACAUUUAAUCUACAUUUGGAUGGCCUUAAUUGUUACCUCUCCGUCAUCAUCUCUGAUACCUGUUGGGUGAUCGACAAGGAAUCAUAUGCAAAGCUGAGGGGAUAAAUAAUUUUGGAAAAUGUUCUAAUUUACACGGGAGUUAUACAGUAGAGAUUCUUUUUUUCAUUCUUUAAAGAAAAAGCAUGUAAGAAGAGAAUGACAAACCAAAUAUUUUUGUCAAGCUAAAACACUGAGUACUUAAGUACCUUGAGUAUUGUGUCCAGUUCUGGGCCCCUCAGUUUAGGAAGGAUUCUGAGACGCUUGAACACGUCCAGAGGAGGGCAACGAGGCUGGUGAAGGGUUUGGAACACAAGCCCUAUGAAGAAUGGCUAAGGGAGCUGGGGUUGUUUAGCCUGUCAAAAAAGGAGGCUCAGGGGAGACCUUAUCACUCUCUACAACUACCUGAAAAGUGGCUGUAGUCAGGUGGAGGUCAGUCUCUUCUCCCAGGCAACCACUGACAGAACAAGAGGACACAGUCUUAAGCUGUGCCAAGGGUAGUUUAAGUUAGACAUUAGAAAAAAAUUCUUCACUGAAAGAGUGAUUGCACACUGGAGUCGUCUGCCCGGGGAGGUGGUGGAGUCGCUGUCCCUGGACGUGUUUAAAAAAAGACAGGACAAGGCUACUCGGUGCCAUGGUUUUGUUGAUGAGGAGCUGUUGGGUUAGGUCAUAGGUUGGACUUGAUGAUCUCAAAGAUUUUUUCCAACCUAGUGCAUUCUGUGAUUCUGUAACAUGGCUUGUACCCUCUGAAUUAAUUUUAUCAGUUUCAUCAUUGUGAGAUUUCUUAAGAGUCAUUCCUUUAAAAUUUAUACCUAAAAUCAAGUAGAUUAUUUUUACAACAACUUAAUACAAUCAAAUACUUGCCUUACUUCAUGGGAAGUUAUUUCCUUCAAUUAAAACAAAAUUAUACCAUAUUGACUAUUUGCUUUCAAUUUGUUUUCAUUUUCCUUUGCAUAAGUAAUUCUUACCACAAAAACAAAAAAGAAGGCAUAUUACAGGGAAUAUAAAAUAACCCAGUUUGAUUGUAAGAUGCUUAAUCACUUUUUUAAUAGGACUUUAUGUUCUUGAGACUGUGUACAUUUAAGACUAUAGAAAAUGCUUUACCAUGUAAAGUAUAGACACUCAUUUUUGUGAUGUUUAAGCCACAUGCUGUUGAUUGGUAAGCAGCUUAUUUUGAUCAAAGAAUGACAAAUUUGUAUGCUUAUAGAAAGACUGUGAAGGACUGUGUCUUACAACAACUGUCUUAUUAAUGAUGUGUAAGUAGCAUAGAGUAAAGAAAU